AUGUGAAGGGAGGAAGAGGCAAGCUGGGCUAGCACUAAAGAGGUGGCCUGUCUAUCCAGAUUCCAUUAAUGCAAUUAUAAGUGUUCAUAUAUUCACAGAGAAUGAGGGUGAAAUUGAAAAAAUUCAGAAGGGUGAAACAACAAAGAAGGAUGAGGAAGAGAACUACCUGGAUUUAUUUUCCCACAAGAAUAUGAAACUGAAAGAACGAGUUCUGAUACCUGUCAAACAGUACCCCAAGUUCAACUUUGUUGGAAAGAUUUUGGGACCUCAAGGCAACACCAUCAAGAGACUUCAGGAAGAAACUGGUGCUAAGAUAUCUGUGCUUGGGAAAGGUUCGAUGCGAGAUAAAGCAAAGGAGGAAGAACUGCGUAAAGGGGGGGAUCCUAAAUAUGCUCAUCUAAAUAUGGAUUUGCAUGUCUUCAUUGAAGUGUUUGGACCCCCUUGUGAAGCAUAUGCUCUGAUGGCUCACGCCAUGGAAGAAGUCAAGAAGUUCCUUGUUCCGGUAUGUCCAACUUCAUUUGAUUUUUUUUUGAUGGAUGAUAUCUGUCAGGAGCAAUUCUUGGAGCUCUCCUAUCUGAACGGUGUGCCAGAGCCAACUCGAGGCCGAGGAGUCCCUGUGCGGGGAAGGGGAGCAGCUCCACCACCACCUCCACCUGUUCCAAGGGGGCGCGGUGUUGGUCCUCCCCCCCCUCCUCCUCCUCCUCGGGGGGCCCUUGUGCGAGGAGCCCCGGUGCGGGGUGCCAUUGCCAGGGGAGCUGCUGUAGCCCGCGGAGUGCCUCCUCCCCCGGCAGUACGGGGUGCUCCUGCACCCAGAGCACGUGCAGCCGGCAUCCAGAGAAUACCGCUUCCUCCUCCUCCCGCACCAGAAACCUAUGAGGAAUAUGGCUAUGAUGAUGCAUAUGCAGACCAGAGCUAUGAGGGGUAUGAAGGCUACUACAGCCAGGGCCAAGGGGACACAGAAUACUAUGAUUAUGGACACGGGGAGGCACAGGAAACCUAUGAAGCUUAUGGGCAAGAUGACUGGAACGGAACCAGGCCCUCCCUGAAGGCCCCGCCGGCCAGGCCAGUGAAGGGGGCCUACAGAGAGCACCCAUACGGACGUUAUUAAAAAACAAACAUGAGGGAAAAAUAUCAGUUAUGAGCAAACAGUUGUUACUGAUUCUUGUAUCUCCCGGGAUUCCCGUUGCUUUACCCACACCAGACAAGUAAUUGUCUAACUGUUUUUCUUCGUGGCCCUUUUUCUCCCACUCCAUCCUCACCCUGCAUUCUGGCUUCUGUACGUAGUAUUUUAAAAUGAGUUAAAUAGAUUUAGAGGACCGACUUUAAUUUUUUUUUUUUAAAGUGUGUAGAUGGCUUUUCUUUCUUUGUUGUUUAGAUAAACACAACUGUACCUUUUUUAAUAAAAAAAAAAGUUGAGUUAAAAAUGUUAGUUUCAAAAGUGAAAUGCUUUGCUUAGCAGUUAUGAAAUUAAGGUUUUGUUAACCUUUAAGUUUGGUUUUAAGGAACCCAUAAAAGUUGUAGUUGCAGAAUCCCAAAGUAGGCUACAUUUCAAAAUUCAGGGCUGUUUUUAAGAAUUUAAAAUCACAAUGUAACGGUAGUAGCUGCCACCGUUUAAAAGUAACCUCAGAUGUCAAACUUUCCUUAAAAGCAGAUUGCUGGUGAAUCUUAAGUUUAAAUUUUAAUACGAAGGAUCCUCAAACAAAUUAAAUAGCAUUUUUUUAAAGGUAAUUGACUUAAAAGGAAAAAAAGAAAAAAAUUAGGUUUGUAAAAUUGACUUUUCUUACGUGGGUUUUGAAAUCUAGCCCCGAACGUGCGGUGUUGAGAGAUGCUUGGGAAGCGGAUUUUCCAGUGUAAAGGGGUUCUUAGUUUGGUUCUAUAUGAAGAACUUUUAAGGGAAAAGCAAAUUAAAGCAUGGCUCUAAUUGCCCAGUGUUUGAUAUUAGAAAACAGAGUAUUACGUGAGUAGGUCUGAACUCUGUGAAAUUACAGUCUUCUCAUUUUUAUAGUGCUUGGGGCAGAUAAUACAGUGCAAGUUUAAAACUGACAAAAUUGUCAAUAUUAGCAAUCCCAUGGACUUGUUCAAGUGUAUCUCAACACUAGCUUUGCAUAAAAAGGGACACUGCAGCUGAAAAAAUGAGGAAAAAUUUGACUUUGUACAUAGGAUAAAGUCCUAAUUGGAUUUGUACACUGUCCUCCCACUCUGUUCUUGAAGAUUAAAUGCUACAUGUGUAAGUCUGCCUAAAUAGGUAGCUAAAACUUGUCAAAAUGUCUGCCGCAGUUUGUCAAUAAAGUUUAGUCCUUUUUUAA